GAGCCUAUCUUCUGAGAAGUUCGCUAUACUGGUUAGCAUAUACACUUGACACAAUUGUGCUUUCGCUGCGAUUCAUGGAAAUGCGGAUUCAAGGAAGGCCUUGGGAGGCUUUAUGUCCUUCGAUUCAGCACGGCAGAGCAACAGAACUCUGACAUGGUACCAGAGCAAUGUGCGUAGUAUAUUGAAACAUGGUACGCGGUAACUGUCGACCAUUACGUCGUCGACAUGAUUCAUCGUUCACUGCUGACGGUUUGUUAUGGAGUUGCUAAGCAUUUCAAACACUGCUACUGAUGAUGGUCGCAUUCUGUUAUCGGGAGAUGUAGCUCUCACUUUUCUCUUGUUUCGUCCAGGUCUUCAAGUCUAUCGCUGAGAAGCUGAUGCACCGACGUCUUUUUCUGUUAGUGCGACUGAAUUUUGAUUGCUGUUUUUCGGAUUCACGAACCUCUUCACGUUAGUGGAUUCAAUUCGAGACCUUACACAGAAGGAAGGAAUUUGCAGUCUUCCACCUUUAAAGCCUCACCGUACGAUACAAGGCGGUCCACUACAUGACAGGCACCUACAUUCGCGGGUUACAUGAAGCCUGGUCACGAUUGGAUAAAAAUUCCGACCUAGCCAAACUCAUUCAAAGCUACAUUCUCGUUCAGUACAAUGCAUUGCUUGAUCUUGUGAAAUCACCAAAUGACAACUUUUAUUCAUCGGGUUGGAAAGGUCUACAAGUGACUCGGUUGCUUCCAUCGGGUCAAUAUUUCGGCGCAAGUGUUCUGAACUCUGCCCUUGCCAUGACAAACAAUGGCACGGUGACAGGCAGCAGCAUGGACAGCCCAUCUGCAACCCAUUCUGGUCUAGCUUCAGAAACCUCUGCAAUACAAUCUCACCAUAUUGAUACCGGUGUAAUUUGAAACUGGAGAGGUCAUGCUAUGUUCACCAUUGAUAAAGUGAACCCCCUUCUUGGAUGGACAUUAUGAUGCUCUUGAGCUGUGAGACCAGUUACUAUCAUUGUAGCAACUGAUGUUCUCUCAUUCACUUUAGUGUCAAGUUCCCUGUCACAGAUCAAGGAUAGUACAAACUCUAUAUCUACUCCAUCAGCAAGUCACUCUUGUCAUGUCCAAGAGGAUGUCAAUCAGGAGUCCAUACUGGAACUCUUGCAGCAGUUAAAUCAUACAAUGGCUCAAGAUCAGCCUAUGCCUAGCAUUGCUAACAAUACCAAUGCAGACAUCAUUGCACCACCUCAGUAUGAAUCAGUUGCUGUUGAUAGCCCUAUUAAUGUACCUUAUGAGAAGUUUCAACCUGUGAAACAUUAGCUGUAUGACAUAUUUAUAUAAUAUACUUGGUAUAUAUUCAUUCUUUGAGAAGUCUUCAGAGAG